UUAAACAGAUACGAGAGAGCGAUCUACGCCAGCCUGAGUGGAAACCUCAAACCGCUCCUGGCAGUGUGUGAAUCAUGGGAGGACUGCGUGUGGGCGUACUUCAGAGUGAUGGUCGACUCGCUGGUUGAAAAGGAUCUGAUGUCAUCGGGUAUGGCCCACCAGGAAGUGGAGACACUGCCGCGAGAAUACCUGGAGGCGAACUGGACGAUGGAAAAGGUGUUUGAGGAGCUUCAAGCCUCAGAAUCGAAGAGGGUGUUGGAGGAGACGAGAGAGCAUUACCACGUCAUCCAGAAGUUUGCCAUCCUGGGAGACCUGGACGGGCUGAUGGAGGAGUUUUCUGAUUGGCUGAAAUCCUCUAAGCCCCUCCCCUCCCACCUGCUGCGUUUCAUGUCUCACCUCCUGCUGUUCUUCCGCUCUCUGGGUUUGGCGCUGAAGGAGGAGCUGUGCGUGGACGUGUUGAAGGCGUAUGUUUCCCUUCUGAUUCAGGAUCAGCAGACCGACCUCGUGGCGAGUUACGUCGGCCAGCUCCCGGCCGAGCUCGCCACAGUUCAGUACGCCGCCUUCUUGGAAACCGUCACCCAGUCUGAGCUCCGCCCCCGCUGUCUGCAGCUCGCCACUGAAGCAGGUCUGGACGUCGCUGCGAUAACGAAGCUGGUGGUGGAAACUGUGAGGGAGAGAGACGACACAGAGUUUAUUCAUCACAGCCAGACGCUGGAGACGGCGACUACAAAGGAGGACCAAAGGAAGAUCGACAUUAUCGACUGGCUGCUGUUUGACCCCGCCCAUCGAGCCGAAGCCCUUAAACAGUCCAACGCCAUCAUGAGGAAGUUUCUGGCUUUGCAGAAACACGAUGCAGCGAAGGCGGUGUUCUCCAAAGUUCCGGAGGACUCGAUGAAGGAGAUUUGUUGCCAGUGGGCGGGCAUCGGUCAGGCCACUUUACCCGCCGAGGAUGAGAACGCCAUCAGAGAACACCUGUGUAUCAGAGCCUACCUGGAAGCUCAUGAGGCGUUCACUGACUGGUUCAGUCACAGUAGUUCUGCCCCCCAGAAGCCGGCUCCAGUCCCGGAGGCCAAAUUCACUGAGAGGGUCGCUAAUGAGAUGAGAGAGAAGGAGUACCAGUCGUCUUUCUCCACCUGGUCCUGUCGUCUGGACGUUCUGACUGAAGACGUGAAAGAAAGAAUCUACAAUGUGCUGCUGUUCGUCGAUGGAGGAUGGAUGGUUGACAACAGACAGGACUCAGAGCAGGACUCAGAGCGCAGUCACCAGAUGGUGGUGUUGCGUUCUCUGUGUCUUCCUCGACUUAGCUUCCUGCUGCUCAGCGUGCUGCAGAACUCCUCCAGACACCAGGAGGCGCUGCGUCUAGCUGACAUCAUCUCAUCUGACCAACACCGUCUCUACCAGGUUUUCUCUAAAGAGGAGCUGAGGAGGUUCCUGCAGAAGCUGAGGGAGUCGUCUCUCUCUCUGUUGGACAAAGGACUCGACCCGCUGGGCUACGAGUUACAGCCGUCAAUUUAAACACUCGUAGUUUGAAGUUUGGAUUGUCGUCUUUUUGAGCUCUGUUAAUCUUUUUUUGCAAAAUAAAAGCCUGUUUCUUGUA